GCCGCAGUCAAUGAGGAGGCAGCGGGCGCGGCGGAGCGCUGCACUCGCCGGGGGCAGCGCGGCGGCGGCGGCGGCGGCGGCGGGGCGGGGGCGCGGCGCCAUGGCGGGGCGGUGAGGGGAGGCGAGCGAGCGGCGCGCGGCGGCAGCCGGCCCCGCCGCGGCAUGGGCAGCCGCGGGGUCGGGCGAUGAGCGCUCCGCCGGCCGCUGCCCCCCGCGCGAAUAUGGGCACAGCCGUGUCCAAAAGGAAGACGCUGAGGAACGAGGCCAUGUCGUCGGUGGCGGCCAAAGUGAGAGCGGCAAGGGCUUUUGGAGAAUAUCUUUCACAAAACCAUCCUGAGGGUAGGAACGGCUCAGAUCACCUCUUAGCAGACUCCUAUAUCGGACAGGAGGACUCUCCUGAGAUGCAGCAGGCGGCACAGAACAAGCGCCGGCUCUCCGUCAUCUCGGACGGCAAGUUUGAGAGGAGCUUCUCCGAGGAGCAGGCGGAGAAGAUGCCAAGCGAGGGACCGAAGCCACGAGUCUACACGAUCUCCGGCGAGCGGCCGAUGCUGUCGGACCACGAGAACGAAAGCGUGGAACUGGUGGUGAUGAAGGGGGCCGCCCAAGAGGAGUGCCACCACGGCCACCCUAUGCACGGUGCCGGCGGCUCUCACGGCGUGAGCAGGCACUGCAAGGGCUGGCCGGGCAGCCGGCAGGGCUCCAAGGAGUGCCCAAACUGCACCCGGCUGGCUGUCCCUUCCCAGCAUUCCUUUGACCUGGAGCAGCAUCAGUCCAGCGAGACAGGGUGGCACAGGAAAAGGCUGGAGAGGAUGUACAGUGUCGAUCGAGUGUCUGAUGACGUCCCUAUACGGACCUGGUUCCCAAAAGAGAACCUCUUCAGUUUUCAAACUGCUACUACAACUAUGCAAGCGAAUUUUCGGAAGCAUCUCCGCAUGGUGGGGAGCCGAAGGGUUAAAGCACAAACAUUUGCCGAACGGCGUGAGAGGAGCUUCAGCAGGUCCUGGAGUGACCCGACUCCCAUCAAAGCUGAUUCCUUCCAUGACUCUCGAGAAAGCCAUGACCUUCAGGAUUCCUGUGGCACUUUGGAUGGUGACUUUGACUUGAACUGGGAAGCAGAAAAGGAGCUUGAAGCCAUGGCGUGUGACGGAGAAGACUUUAUUCCACCAAAAAUAAUGCUCAUUUCUUCCAAGGUGCCCAAAGCUGAAUAUGUCCCAACGAUCAUCCGCAGGGACGACCCUUCCAUCAUCCCCAUUCUCUAUGACCACGAACACGCCACCUUUGAUGACAUCCUAGAGGAAAUAGAGAAGAAACUCAACAUUUAUCGGAAAGGCUGCAAGAUCUGGAAGAUGCUAAUAUUUUGCCAGGGAGGUCCUGGUCACUUAUACUUGUUAAAGAACAAAGUUGCCACCUUCGCCAAAGUGGAGAAGGAGGAAGAUAUGAUCCUCUUCUGGAAGAGGUUGAGCCGGCUGAUGAGUAAAGUCAAUCCUGAACCAAAUAUCAUUCACAUCAUGGGCUGCUAUGUUCUUGGAAACCCCAAUGGGGAGAAGCUAUUUCAGAAUCUGAAAAACUUAAUGAAUCCUUAUAGGGUUGCCUUUGAGUCUCCACUUGAACUAUCAGCUCAAGGUAAGCAAAUGAUUGAGACUUACUUUGACUUCCGCCUUUACCGCCUCUGGAAGACCCGCCAGCACUCUAAACUAUUGGAUUACGAUGACAUUUUAUGAGCUGGAGAAGACUUUGCAAGAAGUUGUUGAUCACCAGUGUCCAAGAAGUCAUGCUUACUGCAGAGAGACUUUUUUAUUGGCACAGGGAACCCUUCAAAGCCCUAGAGGAGGCAGCAGUGCCAGAGGGAGGGAAGGAGGAGCCCUCAGAAGUGUAUCAGGAGGAAAGUCUCCUGGGUCAAGAGAGACUGGAGGGAAAGGGUUUGACACCUCGCUCGCCUCAGGUCAGAGCCGUGGUGUCUCAGGAGGAGCUGUGUGAAAUGAGGACAGGAUGGAGUUCCUUGCAGAACUGAGCUGUUUUGGGUCAGAAUGGGCCAGAUUUGAUUUCAGGUCCUUUUAAAGACUUUUGAAGCUCAGGUUUUCUUACAAAAAAUAAAACCAAUUACCCAUGCACUACAGUAAAGAAGUGACCAGAGCACAGAGGAAGGAGAGGUUUGUACUGACGGGACCUUCUGUGCUGGGGAUCUUGGAGAGCAAGGACUGCUACACCUACUCCUGCAAGCUUAGAGUGAAACGAUCCAGUUUCAAUGUGAAUAUAUACUGGAAUAUAGAAUUGAAGUCUAACUUUUUUGCUUUGUUUAAUAGAAAAUAAGUGCAAUUUUUAUAGAGAGAGGGGUAAAAUCCCUCCCGAUAUUUAAUUAGUUAAAAAUAACACACCAUUAACCAAUAGAUGAGGUAUUUUUGGUCUGCUUGAAAAUAUAUUCAAAAUGGUAAUAUAUCUUCUGUAGACAUAUUUAAUCACCAGCAAACAUGGUUUUAACAUAACUUAGCAGACGCUGCAUGUCUGCUGCAUUGAUUAAUCCAGUUUGGUUUGGUACUUUCACAGUAGCCGUGUUGCACUGACUGUAUGUGCUCUCACGAAUGUAUAUUUCUCCUCCAAUUAGACACAACUUUGUUACUCUUUUGCUGCUUGCAAAACUAUAUGCCUUUAGUUUUGCUGGAGUAUUUUAGGUUAGAAAUACGGUUACAUGACUGAGAAUUCAGUUCGGUCCAUUAUGGUGUAACAAUGAAGUAGAAACUAAUAACCACGGUAAUUACUUGCUCACGCCAGUGUUUUGCUACGUGUCGGAAGACGAGAUCUCUUUCUCGUCUGCCGUAUGGAGCAGGGAGGUGGCAGGACCAUCCGAAAUCCUCCAGGGAGACCGUUUUACCGAAGCAGCUGGAAGAAAUGCUUCUUGAAGGAUGCAGCACGGGUUUGUAGCACGAGUUUGAAUUUUCCCUGAGUUUGAAUUUUCCCUGCGUUGACUUGAAUGCCAGUCGUUUGCGCAUACGCCACCUCUUUUCCGACGCUAAAAUGACCUGUUUGCUGAGCUCAGCUGCCGUCCUCCACAUCCCUUCCCGUGCAGGGCAGAGUAACCCAGAGCUUUGUCAGAGCAGCUGUGGUUUGAGAACCCAGAUUUGUUGUUGAUAUUUGAGGACGUAUUUUGGAGUAGAUUUACAUUUUGUUUGUUUGGGGGGUUGUUGUUUUUGUUUUGGGAGGUUUUGUAGUCUUCAACACGUCUGUUCAGAGGAUAACCAUUACUUAAAGUCACUCUGGCUAUUCCGGGGGAUUACGUGAUUUAUUUCUUAUAUAAGUAAAAUACACUGGAGAAUAACAGGGAAACAUUACCUUGGUUUCCUGACUUCCUGGUAUCUAAAAUCAGUUGAUUGUGAAGUGAAAGAAAAUACAUGUACAAAUCUUUUAAAUACUUGCAAAAAAGAACUACUUGUUCUGAUGUGUAGAGGACUCCUUCCCUGCGUGACAUAUCUGUGGUUGUAAUUGUGGGGAGCAGGCCUCCGGCUAGAACUGCUGAACCCUGUACAUUUAUAGCAGUUUUAUUAGCCAAACUUUUGAAGAAAUAAUGUACAUAGAGUAAGUAAGGAGAGGAAUGGGUGGAGAGAGAUAGUUUGGAGUCGUUGAAAUUAGCUGAUCGAACCAAAUGGGUCUGAGCUGCUUCCCCUGCUCUGGUUGGGAGCUGGUCCGCUCACCGCGUAGGAACUGCCCGUGGUGGCUGCGUUUCAUCCCUGGCUGGACUCUCAUGCUCUUGACUCACGGUCGUGUUUUCCAGACUUGCAGUGAAAGGGAUAGUCGGCACCAGUCUGACUUGUGGAAGAAAAAGCCAGAUCUAAAAAAAACAACAGCAACCACAAAAAUGAUGCUGAUUAGCUGUUACUUAGCAUGGGUAGCUUCUGCCAGCUGUGCUUGCGAGAGGUGGGAGUCGUAGGUGCUAUGAAAGCAAAAAAGCCAUGUGUUAUUGAGAGAAGAAAGUGAUAGUGGCAGAAUUAAAAUGCUGACACAAAACUCUCUCCCUUUCUGACCCUUUCACCUCCUAUGUUUAUGCCUCCAACUGGCAAGAUAAAUUGCUCUUCCUCUCUCCUUUCUUAAAGUAAAAUCCCAAUUCAGUAAACUUGGUAGCAUGAAUGUAGCAUUGUGGAACUAUUGAAAACCUUAUAUAACUCUGAAAGGGCCCGUUUAUGUAUCCACUUCAGUGAUUUACCUGUAGAACUAUUGUAUAUCUAUUAUCAUUGAGCACUCGUAGAACUAGGGUUGCAAAGUAGAAAGGUAGCUUGUACAGUUGCAGAACUUCUUUAGGAAGAUGUAUGCUUGACUGACCGUAACGGACUGUUUUACUGGUGCAGUUGACUAUAGUAUAGUAUAAUGACAAAUGAUGAAUGCAUUUCUCUCUUUUCCAAAGAUCUAUAUUCCAUGUAGUUUGUGAUAUUAUGACAUGAGCAUAUUAUUUCCUUUGUAGUGUUCAUUUGACUGAAGAGAUGAAAUACUCUAAAGCCGAUGAUUGGAAAGACGGUAGAAUUUUGGUGUUUGAUGUCCUUUGUGCAAAUAGCAUCACUAGAGUUAACCACUUUUGACAAGGAAAAAAAAAAUGUCUUCCCCUUUUAACUUGUUGAAUUUUUUAAGUGGCUGCUGAGAAAGGAAGGGAUCAGCAGAGGACAGGAUGCAAAAAAAGUUGUGAUUUAAAUUUUAGAGUAGACACAGAUGCUGAGACUUGGACCACCGUGUCAAGGAUGACCUCCUGGGUAGGUGCUUCCCACCAGCGCGCAGCGCAGUCAGAGCCGGCACAUCCCCUCCGCGGGGCGGAUCGGCAUCCGCGCUGGCGGCUCGGCAGCCCUCCCGCACCAGGGUCCCACAGCGCCCCGCGCUUUUCUGCAGGCUCUGCUCCCUCGCGCGCAGCCUCCAGCUCAGCCCUGCCGCGGGGCAGUGCUGCAGCCCGGCCGGCAUCGCCGCAGCUCCUGUGGGGCCAGGACUCGCUCUUAGCACGGCCAGGAGAAACCCUGGUAACAGGUUAACCCUGGAGAGGAGCAGAUAGGUCAGGAUAGCUAAAUAGGGUGCCGUCCCCAGCCACUCACCCCAACCACGGGUGUGAGUUGCUGCCUUGUAGCAAGGGCGGCAGAAAAGGAUGCGGCUGCGUCAGCGUGCAGCGAGUGUUCACGCCGCUUUGGAGGGUUCCUCUUCUGUGGCGUGCUGUCUUGCACAGGGUUUCCCAGGGAGGUUUCUCUCUUUUCCUCUCGUUUGGCUGGGAAAGAGGAGAGGAGAAAAUUUGGCUGUAGAAAUAAGCAGGGCAUUUAGAGACGGCUUUCUCGGCCUCUCCUCGUGCUGCAGCCACCAACUUCCCUUUGCAUCCUACCUCUCCGCACCCGAGACUGGAAAUUAGCAGAUCAGCCCUCACUGCAUUAAAAAAAAAACAAAACAACAACAAAAAAACCCUUGUAGCUCUAGCAAACCUGCUGACUGCAAAAGGCAACCAGCCACCUCACCCCGCCUGGGUGCCAGGGCUCUGCUGCGCGUGGCCGGGGCCUCCUACCCGGUCCUGCCUCCGAGUGCCUCGAGAGCAGCUCAAGCCGCGGCCCGGCGUGGGCUUCGCUUUGCCACCGGCUAACGCCGCUUUGCCAAGGAGACUCGGGAAAGGGAUUUGUGCUUCAUCCCUCAGCCUGGACUCUGGAGCUCCGACAGCGGCGGGACGGCAUGUACGGACGUGCGUUCACACCGUCUCUUCCCCUGCGAGCGUGGGAGAUGCUGCUGCUCGCUUGCCCUCGCUCGUUCAGCCCUGCGCGGUGACGACGGGGCGGCAGGGCCAGCCUGGCCGUGUCAGCGUCUCCCUGGCUCUCGGCCUGCGCGCCCUUGGCAAACGGCUGCUUGUUGUUUCGGGACGUUGCCGCGUUGCUGACCCGCGCCCGGGAGUUCCCGUUCCCAGGGCUCUGCCGGCAGCGUCAGCGGGGUGAGCGGCAGGGCUGGAACCGGCUGCUUCGAGUCGCCAGCGCGGCCGGAUCUGGAAGGGGGAGGCCGUCCUUGCCCCCAAGCCAGGCGGGAGGUGCAACGACAGGCUCGCUCUGCUCUCCUGCUUUAGCAGCAGCCGUUCAACCCAUCAAAACCGGUGUAAGAGUGACACGUUACUAAUGGUGCGUUGCUCCAGGAUGAGGUAUGGUAUUAUUAAAAAACAUCCUUCCAGGGCAAGCGGCACACGUCGCCAGAAUCGCGCAUCAGAGGACGUGUUGGAUAGCGUCGUCCUUCCUCGAGCGCUCAGGCCACGCUGCCAGUACCAGGAAGCAGAUUUACAGAUACCUGCUAAGCUGAACCACUUUGUACCCUGGGUUUCGCAGCGACGUUCCCUGGAGUUGGUGAUGCAGCCAGGCCUGCCCGCAGGACGCCAUCCCGGCAUCCUCCCCACGGGUGUCAAGCAGCAAUACCAUUUUCCAAGCCAUCUGUGAGAAGUCGUGUGUGAGCCUGUAUUUUGUGCCGCUGGUCCCAGAACAUCCAUGGCUUCCUACAUCCGUCAUGGGACUGGUUUUCUUUUUUAACUUCUCGAUCGGGGAAACGCAAGCCAAAGUCAAUUGGAAACUGUUACGGUCUUGAUGACAAAUCAGCCUGCUGAUAACUCUGUGUACCGGAGCCGAAUGGGUAAAUGGGUGGUUUAAUGACCACAAGCCUGAUUGUGAUCGUGGUAACUCCCAGGUAGUCCUGCUGUGCAAUCAGGAGAAUUAAUAUUAAAACAUCACAGUUUGCUGCCUGCCUAAAAAUGCCAGUUCACAAGCUCUUGUGGAGAUUGUGCGUUAGAUAUCACAGAGCAGUGGUAACCAGUAGCUGUUUUGAUUCAAAAAUAAAUUCUGCCCAACGAACUACAAAUCAGUGCAAAAAACUUAGAAGACCACAAGGAAUAAAAAUAAUGGACAUCAAAAAUCUAUCCGAAGGGAAGCAAAAUUGCUUUUUUCCCCCAUAAAUACUUAGUAAACGUUAAGGAACUAAUACAGCAAAAUAAUUUGUUACAUUAUUGCAUUGCUUUUAGAGUAUCUUUAAGAUUGAUAUACACGAGGAUGGAUGAAAAGCAGUUUGGGUUGCCUUACGUUAUCCCAGUGGCGAGGCAAGCCAUAUUUAGACAGUUAAUUGGCUCUCUGGGCUUUCUUCCUUAUCUCAGUGUCCAAAGAGAUUUUGUCUUGAACUGAUGGUUAAUCACAGUAUUAAUGGCCCUAUAAACCUGUUAGUAAGAGGAUCCCUUCCGUCUGUGUUGCUGGGAGUUUAAUGAACACGUUCCCGGAGCCCCUCGAGCAGCCGAUGGAGCCAACUUUUUAGCCUUUAGCGUAAUGAUUCUCCACGUAUGUACAGCAAUAACCUGCUAGUGCCGCCUCUGCCCUGCGCCCUCGUGUCCGUGGCUUUUUUGGUGUUUGAAUGUGAUCUUCCCCCAUGGCUGUGCAGAAACAGAUGUGUUGUUUUACUCGUGGAACAGUUGUUACCUGGCGAAAACCGGAAAGCCGAGCUGGCGGGGAGGCCCCUGCGGCUGGCCGGGGACGGCUCACUGCCGCGGUCACCCUGGCCUCCGGCUCUGGACCAGGCUGCGUGCACGUAGGUGCGAGUCACAGAAGCUUCAGUAGAAAGUGGGAGGCUGCUAUUUUUGUUUUGUUUUUUUUUAAUGCUAAAAUUCAGUUGUACCGGUAGAGUCCCUGCUACAAGGUCCUGCUCUCUCUGAGCUAGUGCAGGACUGGGAAUUCAAGGAAAAUGGCAGGUCUCUUUGCUCCUAAUGCCCUAAAAAUAUCAUAGCCAAGUAUAGCAAAGCAAGACCCUUUGAUGAAUAUGGAUCCUGGCUCCCAUGUGCGCACAACGCUGCUUGCUAAGGGACACUGUAUUUUGCCGCGGGGUCUGGCAAUGCCUGAGAGAGGUCAGUGUGUGAACGAGCAGGCACUGAAUUAGCAGGCAGCGGCUGUAGCUUUUCU